CCCCCGCGCGCUCGGGAUCCUGGUCCCCGCCUCCACCGCAUUGCCGCGCCGCCCCUUGGCAGGUGUCCCCGCCGUCCGCCCAGCCCUCCGCUGAAGGGGGACGCGACCUCCCGGACCCCGGCCGCUCCGCGCCCGCUGGGGCUUGGCGGGCGUCUGGGAGGAGGUGCAACUUGCUCCCCGGUCGGUGCACGGAGCCGCUGUCUCCCGGGCGCGCACGCCGGGAGGAACGGGGCGCUCGGGGUCUCAGGAGGCCACCGCGAUGGAUACCGAGGGCUCGGGUCCUCUCCGCAGUGCAGGCAUGGAUGGGAAGAAAUGCAGUGUCUGGAUGUUUCUACCACUUGUAUUCACUUUGUUUACUUCAGCCGGGCUGUGGAUAGUAUACUUUAUAGCUGUGGAAGAUGACAAAAUUUUGCCAUUAAAUUCAGCUGAAAGGAAACCUGGUGUGAAGCGUGCACCUUAUAUAAGCAUUGCAGGUGAUGAUCCUCCUGCCAGCUGUGUGUUCAGUCAGGUUAUGAACAUGGCAGCAUUCCUAGCCCUGGUAGUAGCUGUUCUGCGCUUCAUACAACUGAAACCAAAGGUUUUAAACCCGUGGCUGAACAUUAGCGGACUGGUGGCGCUGUGCCUGGCUUCCUUUGGAAUGACCUUACUCGGUAAUUUCCAGCUUGCGAAUGAUGAAGAAAUCCACAACGUGGGAACAUCUUUGACCUUUGGAUUUGGCACGUUGACUUGCUGGAUCCAGGCUGCCCUCACACUCAAAGUCAACAUCAAGAAUGAAGGACGGAAAGUUGGAAUCCCACGGGUGAUUCUGUCUGCAUCAAUCACUCUCUGUGUUGUCCUCUACUUCAUCCUCAUGGCCCAGGACAUCCACAUGUACGCAGCCCGGGUGCAGUGGGGCCUGGUCAUGUGCUUCCUGUCAUACUUUGGCACCUUCGCCGUGGAGUUCCGCCACUACCGCUACGAGAUCGUAUGUUCUGAGUACCAGGAGAAUUUCCUGAGCUUCUCGGAAAGUCUGUCCGAAGCCUCUGAAUAUCAGACCGACCAGGUGUAACCCAUCAGUCUGUCCUUGCUGGUGAGGACGCCUCGUUCUUCCCACGUUCCUCCGUGUCUCGUGGUGACCUCCCUCCCAUGGAGUAAGUGGGCCAGACAUGUGACAUGGGGUGGUGCCGACUCCCUAAGUUGCCUUCAGGACCAAAGGGCUUGGAACGAACACAUGAGGACACUGUAACAGUCCUUGAGUGGCUAAUCAAUGUCAUCUGCCUGCCUGGAUGCUGGGUAGAGAGUUGACCCUGUAUGGUCUGAAAGAAGGCACGGACAAACUUUCCCACGAAUGUUGUCCUCUGCAUCACUCGGUGGUUGGCUCUGUGGCCCAGUGAAAGGGACCUGAAACGGCGUGUGUGAGGGAAGGCGCAGCCAUGGUGGGGACAUGAACCGCUGUGCCUGGGAAAGACCUGCAGAUGUGAGCAUUCACAGGGACACAGUCCACUUGGCCUGGCACAGAUGUGGGCACCGAGGGAGGGGUUUAACUUCCACAGUAAGUCAUGUACAGUUUUUGUUUUAUAGUUCAUGGUUUACCUUUUUUUAAAAAAAGGAACUAUCAUAGGUCUCUCUAGAGCUCAUGGCCAAAGAAGGGACCAAAGGCAAGAACUGAGCUUGCUCUGGGUUGAAACAUGAAAAAACAAAAAAGGUUACCUGCCGGUUUGAUGUUUAAAACUAAAAAAAGUUCACAGAGAAAUAUGAAGAAGUUAGAACCCAUGGGGAUGGAGAAGGGGCUCCUGCUGGGCCCUUCUACAGGUAGGGAUUUAGGGCUGGAGGUGCUGCUGGUGUUUGCCGAGCAUGUGUGAGGCCUGGUUCCACCCCAGCACCACACACGCGCGCGCACACACACACACACACACACACACACACACACAUUUCAGAGCAUCUCGCUCCAGGUGAAAUCUGAGGAGACUUUCUUAACAUGUAGCUGUUCCUUCAAUCUGACAGUGUUGGGACUAAGGGCUUUUCAAACUUGGAAUUUACAAAUUAAAAGAUUAUUUUCCCCUCCGAACCAUAUUGGUAUGACUGGGCCCCUACAACCCAAGGAGUGGUCCCCACUCUCGGAGUUCAGAACUGCAGCUGUGUGGCCAGGUGUCUCAGGCCGUGCAUCACAGAGCCAAACCUCACAUUCCACACGUGUGUCACUGUGGGCCAAGUGACAGACCACUUCCCCCCAAACGCACUGUUUUGAGAAAUCCCUAAACGUGCUGCCUGGGGGGCCUGGGACUGCAUGGACUGCGAUGUGAAAAACACUGUUUUUCAAAUUCAUCCCAGAGCCUGCACUUCCUGAGGGGUCGAUUGUGACCUCCUCCUCACUUCUGCCUAGCACAGUGCCUGGCACGUCUUAGGUGCUCAGUACACAUCUGCUGAGAAUUUACCUGUCAUUUCUGAGUGUGGGCAAAAGUAUCCGAGAGACUGAAAGGUGAGUGUGCAAACAGACAGCUGUUUCACGUGAGACAGGAUGGCAAGAAGUCUUGAAAAGGAUGAGGUGAGGACUGAGUACUUACCUGUAGCGGGGAAGUAAAAGAGGAAAGGCUUGUUUGGAGAACGUUCGCCUAGUAAAGAGGCAUCUUACUGUAAAUAGUCCAAUGUGACAUUUAUUAGUUUUGAAUACUGCUUUUGGGUUUCUUUUUUUUUUUUUUUCAUUUUUAUAUUUUAAAAAUUUUAUCAAAGGACGAAGUUACAAGGAGUUUUAUUUUACACAAUUGAAAUUAAGCCGCUUUGGUGAUGCACUUGUACACUUUCUUAAGAGUCAAUCGAAUAGCACAUUUUAGCAGAAUCGAGCAAUGGCUAACGUUAUCCACUGGGAUCUGGCCACUAAAUAAAACUCUUUUAUGCAGAA